AUGGGGAUUAAGUCGUCUGAUAAACCAAAGUUAAAACACAAGAAGGGUUUAUGGUCACCGGAAGAAGAUCAACGGCUUCGAAACUAUCUUCUCAAGCAUAGCCAUGCUUGCUGGAGCUCCGUUCCUGUUAAUGCCGGCUUGCAAAGGAAUGGUAAAAGUUGCAGGUUAAGAUGGAUUAAUUACUUGAGACCAGGAUUAAAGAGAGGAAUAUUUACUGUACAAGAGGAAGAAACAAUCCUGACCCUCCAUCGCCUGUUAGGGAACAAGUGGUCACAAAUGGCUCAGCAUUUGCCUGGAAGAACUGAUAAUCAGAUAAAGAACUACUGGCAUUCCCACCUGAAGAAAAAACUGGCCAAGCUUGAAGAAAUGGAAGCUCACAUCAAAACGCAGUGCUCCACUACUACUUCAAGAUCAGAGAACACAGAUUCUUCAGUCACUAGCGAAAAUCUAAGCUAUGAGUUGUUAAUGAAUCAAAUGGAGAAAUCUUCAAGGCAAAAUAAUGACUUGGCUGAAGAUGGUCACAAAAGCUCCUUGCCAAAGCUUUUAUUUGCCGAGUGGCUAUCGCUGGAGAAUGUUCAUAGUAGGAGUUCUGUGAAUUCUGGUAAUGAGCAAGUGAUUUCUAUGGCUGGCUUCAACAAUCAUAACACAAGCUUUGUCCAAGAUUGUUUCAUGAAUGGUUAUUUAUUGAAUGAGGGAGCAUUUCGUGGCGAUUUACGUGCUGGAUUUAGCAAUGACUUAAUGGAGGAAAUGUUGAACUCCGGGUUUAAAAUCGAAGAUCAGAUUUCUGGAAUUGAGUUGGUCGAUUCUACCUCUGGGCAUGACAUAUGUAACAAUGAUGUAUUAUACAUAUGA